AUGCGAUUUGGUCACUUGAAAGUUGAUGUGUUGGCCUUGUUUUAUAGCUCUGCAUACGUAAGUUGUGCUAGCACAUCCUUGGCAUCCACAGCUGUGCCACUUUACUUCGGUGACAUUGGAAUGUUUGCUUAUCUACACUUAGUAAGAAAUGGAUGUUGGAUAUCCCGCUUUUUUGGAGAAAUGGUUGAGGUAGUUGGAGCCUUGGAGGGGUGUGAAGCGUUGGUGUGGAUGGUGAAUGGAGAAGUUUGCAUAGGACUAUUUGCAUUAAGGGAUAUCAAGAAGGGUGAAGAGGUGACGUUUGAUUACAAUUAUGUACGGGUGUUUGGGGCUGCUGCCAAAAAAUGUGUCUGUGGUUCAUCUCACUGUUGGGGCUAUUUAGGUGGUGAUCCACUAAGUACUGAAGUGAUUGUUCAGGGUGAUUCAGAUGAAGAAUAUCCAGAACCUGUCAUGGUCCGUGAAAAUGGUAAAAUGGAUGAUAAGUUGGACUAUAUAAUAUCUUCAACCAGUUCCAUUGAUAGGUCAGAUAUGCAAACUGCACUGAGUUUAUUGAAAACCAAAGAUGGAUUUGCCGAACCUGUAACUGGUGUUGGACAAUUGGAGACUACCUUGAAAAUGCAAACUGGAGAAAUUUUUUCAAAAGACAGUGAGAAAAUGGAUAACUCCUCAACUGCUGUUGGACUGAAGGAGAUUACCACAAAAAGGGAAGACUCCUUGAACAAAUCCGCAUCUGUUGCUUCAAAACCGGACAUUUCUAUGACUGAGGGCUCAGACAAACAGUUUCCACCUUCUGGACAAGUAAUAGAAACUUCCCCACCACCAGAUGAUCUAAUGAGUGAGACCAGGUCUGCAGCUCAGCAAGAGGUUUCUGUGGCAGAGAAAAUUGUGAAGAAUUCCUCGUACUCUUUUCAAAGAGUGGAGGCUUCUUCUACAACUACAAUGCUUAGCAAAUCAUUGCCUGAGAUAAACGAUGAUAAGAAGUUGUCCAAACCUGACACAGAUGAAGAUAGGCGUGUUUUCUCAAAACCCCAUCCUCACAUGAUUAAUUCUCGCUCAUCAUCUUCAGUUAAGAAGGGAAAAACCAAGACUAAUGCUAUACAUGUCAACAAAACUACGGAGGUGGACAGCAGAACACAUGUGCUGCCCUUCAACUCCAAAAAACUACUGGAAGGUUCUUUAAAUGACCGUUUUGAAGCAGUUCAGGAGAAACUGAAUGAGCUGCUAGAUUCUGAUGGGGGAAUAAGCAAAAGGAAAGAUGCAUCCAGAGGCUACUUGAAACUUCUUCUUCUAACUGCAGCUUCAGGGGAUAGUGGCAAUGGCGAAGCAAUUCAGAGCAAUCGAGAACUUUCUAUGAUUCUUGAUGCACUAUUGAAAACAAAGCCACGGACAGUUUUGGUUGAUAUAAUCAAUAAGAAUGGUUUACAAAUGUUACACAACAUAAUGAAGCAGUACAGAAGGGAAUUUUAUAAGAUACCAAUUCUUCGAAAGCUACUUAAGAUCUUAGAGUAUUUGGCUGUGAGGGAAAUACUUACAUUGGAACACAUUAAUGGGGGUCCCCCUCGUCCUGGAGUGGAGAGGUUAGAACAAAUUGUCACCUAUCUCUAUCGAAUGGCUUGA